AUGUUUGCUUAAAAAUAGAUUACUAACAAGUUAUUAUUGACCAAGCUUAGAGAAGUUGAAGAAAGAAAUGAUACCUAGUCAGCUCCCUCCUUUAUGAAUCAAACUGUUACUAAUAAUAACCAGCAUAUCAGUGAUUAAAUUAGAAAGGCAAAACAAGAGGCAUUAAGUUUACACACAAGUUGUAAGUCAACCUAGCAUUCUCCGAAGGCUUCAUUAGAUCUUUCGGAAUUUAUUAAGCAAACUAAAAUCUAAUAAAUUACCCAAUAAAAAUUGUUGAUGGAUAAAAAGUUCUAAAGACUUACAAUUUCGAAAGUUCGUGAUGAUGUAAGCCAUUUUUAUGAUUAAAUUCGAUAACCUGCCACAACAAGUAUGUCAAUUUUCAUAAAUAGGGGAGUAACGCAGUUUUUAGCCCAGACGUUAAGGGACAACUUUCCAUAAGAAAUCAAGAAGUGGUUAACAAAUUCAUCUAAUCGAUAUGAAGGAAUAUUAAAAAUUAGAAGUUGGUUUGAAUAAGGAAAUAUCCUCCUUGCAUACAGAAGAUCCUGGAGGGAGAGUUUAGAGUAUCCAACUAAAAGAUUGGUUCUAAAAAUAAUAGUCUGGAGAUCUGAUACCCUUAUUAACAGUUACAAUGAACGAAUUGAUUAAAUCGUUGAAAAGAGAAUGUUUAGAAAGAGGAGAAUUAGUUGAAUAAAUUUGGGACAAAGUUAUUCAAAUGGUAAAUAAAAUUAAAUUUGAUGCUGAAAUAUUGCUUAAGAAAAAUGAUGUCUAAGUAAUGGAUGAAUAGGCGAGAGUGUAUUUUAUUUAUUAAGAAAAAAUGUCAGACUUAUAAACUCAAAUUUAGGAUGUCUAACUUAAAUACACUCAAGAAGUCAUUCAACAUAAUGUAAGUAAAUAGGAAUAUAAGGAAUUGGAGGCAAAUUUCAAAAAAAACAGAGCAUAAUUAAAUGAUCUAAGAAAGAUUGCCUCGUUUUUAUAAAAGAAAUUAAAAUAAUCUCACUAAGAAAUUGAAAUUCUCAACAGAAAGCUAUAAAUAAUAACUUAGAAGUAAUUAGAAUCAUAAUAAUAAUUACAAAGAGAUAUAAACAGUAGUCACCAAUAAGUUAAUAGCUAAAAGAUUUUAAUAAAGUAAGAGAGCAUGUUUUCGUAAAGGUAAUCAUAAGUUUUGCAACCUCCUCUAUUAAAUCAGCCAUAACAAUCCUAGCCACAGAAGAUAUUGUAACAUAUCACUAAUUCCAAUUAAAUUUAAUCAGGACGAAGAAUGUCUUAUUUAGGUAAUUCUCAAGUUCAAUAAACCUAACAGGAGAAAUCAAGUUCAUCGGAUGAAGAUGACUUAAUGGAUGGAUUAUUGGAUGAUAAAAAUAUCAUAGAGAUGGACAAUAUGGUGAUGAACAUGGAUAAGAUCAUUAAAGUAGCCUGUGUAGAGACCUAAGUUGAACCCGACAUACUUAAUUUAUAUUAAAAGACUUAGGAGAUACAAACAAAUAUUGUGAUGAUGGCUAAAGAUUUCAAUCUGAUAACUGAUACUUAGACUAAAAUUCAAAGUGUGUUGGAGCAGUACAAGCAAAGAAGCCAAGUUGAAGAGACUCUCAAAUUGUGUGAGGAUAAAGCAAAUAAAGCCUUUUCUGGUCGAUAAUUGAAUUAGAUAAUUGAAUCUAAAUUUCUGAAUAAAGAUAUCCCUUCUCCAGGAGUGACUAAAUUAAAUUAACUAAGACAAGAUUCCUUUAGAUCUAAGAAAGCUGUGAACUAGUCAAUUGAAUAGGUAACUAGUAAUGAUCAGAGUAUGGAUAUCAAUUCUGAUCGAUAUUUAGACUUAGAUAAAGUGAAAACAUUAGUGAUAAUGAUGCAAAGUUUGGAGAAUAAAAACAAGGAAUUGCAAUACAUAAUUGAAUAGAUGAAUGAGAGAUGCAAUUAACACAUGGUAGAAUUAGAGGAUACAAGAAGCAGAGCAGUGUCUAUUGGUACAUUUAAGAUUUUAAAAGAAUAAUAAUAAUAAUAAUAGUAGACUUAAAAAUAGUUGGAGGGAGAAUCAUCUUCUGAGUAAUUUGCAAAAUUCAAUUCAUCUUAAAAAAUGAUUAGAAAAUAGAGAGAUAACAAGAAGUUAAAUUAAGCAAAACUGAUUUUCAAAGGUCCUUAAUUAGGCCAGAAGGUCAAUAUAGUUUAUGAAUUCUAAAAGGUGAAUGCAGGUCCACAAUUAGUUGAGAAAAUCAAAUUAAAGUAAUUACCUAAAAUUAAACAUUUUAUGCCUUUAAAAUUAUUAUUAAAACAGAUCACAGUAAUCUAUUAGGAUAGAAUAUAAUAAUAGAAGGAUAAUCAGGCGUUUAAAGAUUAAGAUAUGGCUUCAUUUGUUUAUAGUUAUUUUCUUUAAUAAUUUGGCAUAAAGAAAAUAGCAGAGUAAAAAUUUUUGAUUCUUAUAGUUUCAGUUAAACAUUAUAAAUAAUUAGUAAGAAUAAACAAUUUUGCAAAAUUCUUAGGAUUAUUUGAUGACUGUGUUAAUUACACAAUAGAUGAGAUGAAAAAAUACUUGGAGGCUUUUGAUUACGUUACAAAUGUGUCAACUCUUGGUGUCUUGAUUGGAGAUUAGGAAUCUGAGGUCCGAUAUUUUGUGCCUUAUGUCAGAGCAUAAUAAUAUAUAGGGAUGUUUGCAGAUUCUAGAAUGACUGUUGAAGAGAAAGAAGAACUCAAAAAGGAAUUAGAUCUAUUAAAAGAAGUAGAUACAAAAACAUCUAAUAGAUAACCUGUGAUAGAUUUUGAUUAGUUUAUGAUUCAAAUGUUCGUGAAGUAUAAAAUCUUGGUAAGCAGGGCCAAGGAAUAUGUUAUUAAUGCAUUUGCUGCAUGUGAUUUAGGUAAUCAAAGUAUUAUAUAUUAAUUAGAUGGCAAUGGAAUGUGUAAUUUUGAAGAAUGGUAUUUAUUGCUUAGACAUAUAGAACCUGAUAGAUUGACUAAUGAUGAGAUUUCUGAAAUUUUCUUCACAAAUGCUGAUUUAUUAAUUAAGGGAGAGCAGAAUUUUUCAUUUGAAAAGUUUGCUGUAGUGUGUGUGGAGUAUGGAUUAUUUUCAGAGGAAGCUUAGAAUUAAUUCUUAUAGAUAAAGGGCACGAAAACAGAGAUUAUGAUAUAGGUAGAAAUUGAUAAUAAUGUGGAUAGUUUUAAAAAUUAAUUGAUGGAUGGGUUGGAUAGAGGAAGGUAAUAGAAUAAAGAUUUGAAUAAUUGACAUUGUUGGAAACAGAGAAAAUAGAUUCGUGGAGAGAGAUCAUCGAAACUUUGGAGAGAAAGAUCCUUGAUUUGAAAGAGCAUUUAACAUAGGCUGGAGUUGAGAAGAAAGUGAAGCCGCUUUUAAUUGCUAAUUUACUGUUGAAUAAGGAAUCUGAGAUGUUAUUAGAAUUGUAAGAAGAUAUGGAGGAUGACGGAUCACCAAAGGCUAAGGGAUUGCAAUAAAAUUUUGGUUCGAAUGAAUCUAUUCGUAUACAAAUGGAUAUUAUAAAGGAAUGA